AUGCAGCAACAUCUUCUGACCUGCUUUAAAUGCCCACAAGCCGUAAAAAAACAAAUUAACGAUGUCAAUAAGUCACAAUCCAACUUAACACCAGAAUCCACAACCACUUCAUUGAACACGGAGAACACAUCGACCGAGAAUAUUAGAAAUUUAAGAGAAGAGUUUGCGAAGGCUCUAUUAAUCACGGGAACACCUCUAGCAAUGGUAGAACACCCAUUGUGGGUAAACUUUUUUGAAAAAUUAAAUUUUAAAUUGCCUAAUAGAAAGUCUAUUGCAACUAAAUAUCUAGAAAAAAUAUAUAAAGAGAUGAAUAAAGAAAUCAGUGAUGAUUUAAAAGCAUCAAAUUUUCUACACUUGCAAUGCGACGGCUGGACUGAUGUUUGCAAUGAAGGCAUUAUAAAUUUUUUAAUAUCCAAGCCAGAACCUGUUUUUAUAAAAAGUCUGAACACACUUGAUAAUCGGCACACAAGUGAGUAUUUAAGUUGUGAAACUGAAAAAGUAAUGAAAUCUUACGGAGUGAGUAAAUUUGUGGUCCUUAUUGGAGACAACGCACGAAAUGUCCAAAAGUCAUUCGAAAUGAUAAAAAACAAAUACCCACAUAUUGUGCCAUUGAACUGUGCUGCUCACACUAUGAAUUUAUUGUGCGUUGAUGUAAUAAAAGCACCCGAAGUUAAAGCUUUCAUAGAUCUCGCAACAGAUUUUAUUAAAAAUAUUAAAAAAAGUCAAAUCUUAAGUGCUUUAUUAAGUAAAAUUAGAAAAGAAAAAAGCUCUAGUCAGAGUCUAAAAUUAUCCUGUAAGACAAGAUGGGGCAGUCAUGUCAGUGCACUAAAAAGUCUGAAAAUUAAUAAAGCUGCACUACAGACUUUAGCUGUUAAUGAAAACCUUCAGCCAACGCCCGAUAUUAAAUCUACACUUUUAGAUGAAGAUUUCUGGUCUAUGAUAGAACAAUCCAUCAGUGUUCUUGAGCCUAUAGCAGAAAGUAUCUUUAAACUAGAAGGCAACGAAUUCAACAUACAUGAAGUAUUUAUGGUGCUAAGAAACCUUAAAUCAAAGUUAGAAUUUGUGUUACCAACAAUCACCAUGCUGGAUGACGAGAGCAAGGAGAACAUAAAAACUUAUAUUGAAAGACGAGUUAAGCAGUGCAAAAAACCAAUACAUUAUGCGGCCUACAUGUUUGAUCCUAAAGCUGCUGGCAUUGAACUAAAUCAGGAGGAAGAAACUGAAGCCAUGGAAUUAAUCUAUAACCUCGCUGAGCAUUGCAACAUUGACUGUCUUGCUGACCUGGCUAAAUAUAAAGCUAAAGAAGGUCUUUGGAGCAAACCAUUUACUUGGAAGGCCGCUGAAAAAGUAAAUCCCAUUUUAUGGUGGAAUAUGUGGCUCAAUGAAGAUACUGUUCCAGACAGGUCCGACAUGGAAGACACAGAUGAUGAUAUGUUGCACGAUGCUGCCAUGGAGGGUCAAAUACAAGAGGAUAUGGAAUCUUCUCUUAGGGAGGAUAUAUGGAACGAUAUGGAACCAGUAGCUUCAACUUCACGACAAACUAAUCAUAUUGAAUUCGUAAAUAUUAGCGAAUGUUUAUAUGAUACCGAUAGUGAUUAG